UCGUGAAAGCUGUUAAGAUUCAGGUUAAGAGACUCCGAAAUAAUUUACGUUUUAAAGUCAUAAACAACAUAUAAAAACUCAUAUAUGUGUGUAGUAUAUUCCGUUUUAAUAGAUAAACACAGAUGAUAAAUGGCAUCAAAAAUUCAUGAUUACGCGACUGAAUAAAAGCGGCUGCAAAAUUUAUUUAAUUGUGACGCGUGAAAUGUCGAAACAACGAUCCGCGAAAAAUGAGAAGACACGGAAGGGGGCGACUGCCGAUAAUCAAUCUACAGGACCUGUGGUCUUAAAUAAAGAUGGAAAUGUAGCGAUAAAAAUUCAGGCUAAACCCGGAGCAAAAUGUAACAAUGUAACCGAUAUUUCCGACGAAGCAGUAGGCAUUGCAAUCUCAGCUCCACCAAUGGAAGGCGAAGCAAAUGCGGAACUUGUUAAGUAUUUAGCCUCGAUUUUUGAACUAAGAAAAUCCGAUGUAUCUUUGGACCGUGGAUCUCGAAGUCGACAAAAAGUAGUUAUAGUAUCGGGAAUCACAACAGAUCAAGUUUUAGCAAAAUUGAAAAAAGAAAUGGGCAAUUAAAAAGUUUUUCUUUACUGCAUAAAAGGCCUUUUUAUCAUUAAUUAUUUU